CGCACAUUACACCCGCAACCACUACAGCCGAACUAAACGAUGGUAAACACAACCACAGCCCGCCAAAAAUCUGGAAGAAAUCAAACCCCGCCCCAUGUCAGCUGCUGGGUCACAUGCUCUGAUGACGUAUACUGUCCAACCAGACAAGGGGAAAUAAAUCGCUAGUGGAGCACGUUAGUAACCGGAAAUCUUCUAGUAAGUAGUCGCUGUUAUUGCCACCAGGUGGUCUUCUCCGAUUAUUUAUCUGGAAAAUGCAGUUUAGCAGGAGUUCCCGACUGAAGGCUAACACAAGAUUAACUGGUGAUAGAAAAGGGGAUCAAUAUCCGUUCUGUCUUCAGUUUUAUCAGCUACCUCCUACUGAAAAUAUUUCACUAACAGAAUUUGAGACCUUUGCUAUUGAGAGACUAAAACUUUUGAAGACAAUAGAGAACCUUGGUGUUAGUUAUGUGAAGAAUUCAGAAGAAUACUUAGCAAAAUUGGAGAAUGAAGUCAGAAAGCUUAAGUUUUCAGAUUCUGCUACGAAAGAUGACAUAAAUGAUAAAACAUACGACGCACGAAGAAAAGAUCACAUAUCUCACUUUAUAUUGCGCCUUGCAUACUGCCAGUCAGAAGACUUGAGACGAUGGUUUAUACAACAGGAAAUGGACCUGUUCAGAUACCGCUUCAAACUUUUACCAAAAGAAACGAUCCAAGAGUUUCUGAAGUUCAAUGGUUUGGAAUAUGUUGCUAUAAGUAAAGAAGAAAAGGAGAUGCACUGGGAAGAUCUAAAUUCUACUCCUGGCCUGAGCUCAGCUAAACUGGAGGACUGGGAAUUUUACAAAGUACCCUUUCAAGCCGCCCUCGACUUAGUGCGCCCACGAAAAGUGUUCCUCUAUAAAGGCUUUGCUUUCAUUCCACACAAGGAUAUUGUCACCUUAAUCUUGAAUGACUUCAGGACCAGACUGUCCAAAGCUCUUGCUCUGUCAGCUCGGUCACUGCCAAUAGUCCAGUCAGAUGAAAGACUGCAGCCUUUACUUAGUCACCUCAGCCAUUCAUACAUUGGGCAAGACUUUAGUUCGCAAAAAAAUACUGGAAAGAUUUCUCUCGACCAAAUUGAUGCUCUUGCUUCAAAAUCCUUCCCACUUUGCAUGCGUCAGCUGCACAAGUCUUUGAGAGAGCACCAUCACCUUCGCCAUGGUGGACGCAUGCAAUAUGGUCUUUUCCUUAAAGGCAUUGGUUUAACGCUAGAACAGGCUUUACAGUUCUGGAAGCUUGAAUUUACAAAGGGAAAAGUUGACUCUGAAAAGUUUGACAAAACAUAUUCUUAUUCUAUUCGCCAUAACUAUGGAAAGGAGGGAAAGAGAACCGACUAUACACCAUACAGCUGCAUGAAAAUAAUUUUAUCAAACCCACCAAGUCAAGGCGACUAUCAUGGUUGUCCUUUUAGGCACAGUGAUCCAGAACUGCUGAAGCAGAAACUGCAGUCAUUUAAGGUUUCCUCCGCAGGAAUAAAUCAGAUAUUGGACCUGGUCAAGGGUAUGCAUUUUCAGCUCGCCUGCCAGAAGUACUUUGAGUUAACACACAAUGUUGAUGACUGUGGGUUUUCACUGAAUCAUCCAAAUCAAUACUUUGCUGAAAGUCAGAGACUGCUCACUGGUAGUCGGGAUGUCAAGAAAGAGCAAGCACCCAUAGAAAGUUCUCAAGCAAAUCCUCCAAGCCAGGUCGCCUCUACUUCAUCCCUAAGUACAAAUGUCUCAAACGUCAAGUUAGAGGAAAUGGAAGAUGAUCUGGACCAAUUAUUGAGUGAAUACUGAACUCAUGGGGCAUCUUUUGGUUUUCAUCAGUGAAUACUCUUGUAUCAUUUUAAAGAAAGCAUUUGUUUUCACAAAACACGUUCUUUUUGUGCAUUGAAAAAUAAAGAUUUCUUAUGUUUUGUCUU